AGCUUGUGCAUUCACUUUUCUCUGAAGGAAGAAGGAAGCUCUUGAUGAAAAUGAGGUGAUGAAGAGAGGUUUUAAGAGUUUGAAGCAGGGGCUCAGCAGGGACUGGUGGAGCACAGCACAGGAGUGCAGUCUCGGGAGGCAGACCUUCUGGGUUUGGGUGCACAGGCUGGUUCAUCUCUAGAAGCCUCAGUUUCCUCAUAACUGCAGUGGAGGUGAUACAAGCAUAUACCUAAUGACAUUAUCUGGAGAUGGAGGGGUAAAACGCUUAACUUAGCAUCGGGUCUGGCACACGAUAAGCCCUCACUAACCAAAAGAACAAUAAGGGAGUGAUGAAGAUCAACCAGAUACAUUUCUUAUUACCAGUGGGCAGCCAGCUUUGGUUUACUACAAGAAAAGAUUAGGAAUAAAAAUAGCACAUCCGCUCCCACCACCACUGCCACCACCCCAACUUGCCGUCUGCUCUCAGGCUAAUCUUUUCCCAUCUCUGAUCCUUGGUUUCUCCUUUCUAUAGAAAGGAGGUUCGGACUACAUGAUGGCUCAAGGCUGUUUCAUGUGCUGCAUCUCUACCAGAUAAACUUCCUGCCCGCCGCGUGCUUCUAGACACACCUCAUAAGCCCCUGUCCACACAUAGAGUCACAGUGAGCAUCCGGGAUACACAGGUGUAUCCUGCCCAGCCCAGCCCUGGUCUCUUCUUUUGCGUGUCUCCAAGAUUCCGCUUAUGUUGGUCUCUCUGAAGUCACUUGCAGAAACUCAGCCCUGCUCGUCAUCCCUCAGUGCCACAGCCUGCCAAGAGCGAACCCAUGAGCAUCUGGAGAGUGAGGCCAUCAUGAAGAAGCCGCGAACAGCUGUGAGGAGUCAUCACAGGAAGCAGGCAUCCCGCCAGGAGGGAAAGAAGAAAUGUGUCCUUAGCAGCAGCUGGGUCAAGCCUUCUACCCCAAAUGCAGACUUGGCCAGGCAACAGGAGGAGGUGGUAUUGCAGGCCUUCUCCCCAUACCAUCUCUUCAGAGACACAGCUGAGGUCACAGUCUUUCGGGAGAAGCUCCUGAGCUGGUACGACCGAGAGAAGCGGGACCUACCCUGGAGAAGGCGGGCAGAGGGGGAGGUGGACCUGGACAGGCGGGCAUAUGCUGUGUGGGUCUCAGAGGUCAUGCUGCAGCAGACCCAGGUUGCCACGGUGAUCGACUAUUAUACCCGAUGGAUGCAGAAGUGGCCAACGCUGCAGGACCUGGCCAGUGCUUCUCUGGAGGAGGUCAACCAGCUCUGGGCGGGCCUGGGCUACUACUCUCGAGCCCGGCGGCUGCAGGAGGGAGCCCGGAAGGUAGUAGAGGAACUAGAGGGCCACGUGCCACGUACAGCAGAGACCCUGCAGCAGCUCCUACCUGGCGUGGGGCGGUACACAGCUGGAGCCAUUGCCUCCAUUGCCUUUGGACAGGCAGCCGGUGUGGUAGACGGGAAUGUCGUACGGGUCCUGUGCCGAGUCCGAGCCAUUGGUGCGGAUCCCAGCAGCACCCUCGUCUCCCAGCAUCUCUGGAGCUUAGCCCAGCAGCUGGUAGACCCCGCCCGGCCCGGGGACUCAAACCAAGCGGCCAUGGAGCUGGGGGCCACGGUGUGCACCCCACAGCACCCACGCUGCAGCCAGUGCCCAGUGCAGAGCCUGUGCCGUGCACACUGGAGGGUGGAGCGGGAACAGCGCUUGGCCUUGCAGAACCUGCCAGGCAGCCCCGAUGUGGAGGAGUGUGCUCCCAGCACGGGGCAGUGCCAGCUGUGUGCGCCUCCCACGGAGCCCUGGGACCAGACCCUGGGAGUGACCAACUUCCCCAGAAAAGCCAGCCGCAGGCCCCCCAGGGAGGAGUGCUCUGCUGUCUGUGUUCUGGAGCAGCCCAGGGCCCGUGGAGCUCCUCGAAUUCUGCUGGUGCAGAGGCCCAGCUCAGGUUUGCUGGCAGGACUGUGGGAGUUCCCAUGUGUGACCGCAGAGCCCUCCGGGCCAUGUGAGCGAGAGGCCCUGCUGCGGGAGCUUCAGCGCUGGGCUGGGCCCCUCCCAGCCACCCACCUCCAGCACCUGGGGCAGGUGGUCCACACCUUCUCUCACAUCAAGCUGACAUAUCAAGUAUACAGUCUGGCCCUGGACGGGCAGACCCCGGUGACCGUCACGCCAUCUGGUGCUCGCUGGCUGACCCGCGAGGAGUUUCACACUGCUGCUGUCUCCACCGCUAUGAAAAAGGUGUUCCGUGUGUAUGAGGGCCAACAGCCAGGGACCCGCAAGGGUUCCAAACGGUCCCUGGUGUCUACUCCAUCCAGCCGGAAAAGGCCCGGCCCAGGCCAGCAAGUCCUGGAUAGUUUCUUCCGGCCUCACCUCCCCAUGGAUACACCCCACCUCAACAGUACCGCCCAGUGACGCCUCUGCAAGCCCCCACUUCCUGAGAAUCCGUUGUUUUUGUUUUUUUUUUUAAAUAAAGUGCUUAUUUUUAUA